AUGGAAAUAUAUGUAAGUGGAUAUGUUAUAUUAUAUUAAAAGCAUUUGUGUGUCGGUUCGUGCUCGGGUCGCGUGAGCAUCUUUUGUAAUCGGUGUUUUUCCUUAGCACAAACAAUUAGCAUUUGGUGGAAACAAAUGUUAUUUAAUUGCUUAGACCAAAUUCGUGCGCGAGUGAAGUAAAAUUUAUAUCGCGAGUGAAAUAUUAUUCGUUUUCAAUUGAUUGUUUGUGUUAAAAUAAAACGAUAUAUGUACAUACAUGCAUACAUAUGUGUGUUUUUAACAACCUGAUAAUUAACGCGUAGGUGAGUUUUCGAUGCAAGUUACUCGUAUCAUCCUUCCAUACAUGAUGAGACAUUCGUGCGACGUAAGCAACGACGUAAUCGCACCACAUUCACAUUGCAACAGUUGGAAGAGUUGGAAACUGCCUUUGCGCAGACCCACUAUCCGGAUGUGUUCACACGUGAGGACCUGGCGAUGAAAAUAAAUCUGACGGAAGCGCGCGUUCAGGUUUGGUUUCAGAAUCGACGCGCAAAAUGGCGUAAAGCCGAACGCCUUAAGGAUGAGCAACGCAAGCGCGAGAAUGGCGAGAGUAGCGGUUCGCUGGACAAGUUGCACGACAGUCGCGAGUCCUCGCCUGACAUUACUGGCGAAAUCGACGAUGAUGAACCAUCGUUGCGUCGCUCGCACAGUCCCGGUCCGCCAUCGGCCAGUCCGCAUGCCAUUGACUCAGACAAUGAACGUCCGCUCUCGUCGACACAGCUUACCACACAAUCGGCUUCGCAAUCGGUCGGUUCGAUAAGCGCUGGUUCGCCUUCGCCCAGUGCGCGCGCCACGCCUCAACAUUGCCCCAAUAGUCCGACUUCGAAUUCCCGUCAUACCGAUUCGCCCAUCGAAGUUGGCGGUCCGAUUUCGUUGACCUCGCGUACAUCGUCCGGCACUACGCCCACAUCGGCGCUACACAGCACGCCCACUACUUUUGGUAGUCACAUUUUCGGGAAUUUCGGUGGUGAUAGCAAUUGCGGCUUUCGUCCGGUGCUCAACGACAACUCCGGCAGCGUGGUCGCUUCUGGUGCUGGCGCACAACGCAGCACCACCACCGCGCAUCCACCACUCUUUCUGCCGCCGCAUUUGGCCUCGCUGAGCUCACAGUUUACACAUCAACCACUCUUUCCCGGACUAAAAGGCGUCUCACCGUUUCCGGGUCUGUGCUCGUGCUGCUCGCUGAAACCGCCCCCACCACCACCUAGCGCCUCGUCGAUAGCUGCUGCAGCCGCCGCAGCUGCUGCUGCCUCUACCAGCUCCGCGUCCGGUGUGCCAAUUUCUUCUGCUGCGCCCUCCGCCAGCAGCUCACCCGACUCGCCAACCCACGUCACCUCGGUCCUAAGCCAGUCGGCGCAUAACAAUCACGAUGCACGUUCCAGCUCUGUAGCCGAAUUGCGUCGCAAGGCACAAGAACACUCUGCCGCGCUGCUGCAAUCACUACACGCCGCCGCCGCAGCUGGCUUGGCAUUUCCGGGUCUACACUUGCCACCGCUCUCGUUCCAUCAUCAUUCCGCCGCUGCGUUGAGCAAUGCGCACGCUGCCGCAGCCGCCGCUGUCGCAAAUAAUAACAACAAUCACAAUAAUAACAAUAACAAUAAUAAUGGUGUGCGGCUGAAAAGCGAGUCGGCUCAGGAUAUGACGGCGAGUACCAUGAAUGGCCUAUCGGCUGCAGCGGCAGCGGCCGCGGCGGCUGCCAACAAUCAUCACAGCAUUGCCAGUUUGACGCUGCUCGAUGCGCAGAACGCGGCGUAUCAUCAUCACCAGCAGCAGCAGCAGCAACAACAGCUAUCGCAGGCGGCUGCACUGCAUCUGCAACAACAACACCAGCAGCAGCAGCAACUGUCGCCGCCGAUAACGCCGACACACACGCCCACACUUCAUCGCCAGGACACGCCGCCCAAGUGCACAGCCAACGGUGCCGGUGGCGGUGCCGUCGCCAUAACGAAAAGUGAAUAAUUGUAGUCAGCGGUUCCCAAAUGUACUCAAAGCAGCAAAUAAGUGAAGUUUUAAUAUUAUAAUAAGUGAAAUGAUAAAAGCAAUAGAAAGUAUUGGUGGAAGCUGCCGCGCAAGGUUAGAUUUACUUAUGUAUAUACAUAUUUAUCUAGUUACGAUAACACUAGUAGUUAGUAGUAGCUCAUAACAAAAGUAGUUUAGUGUUACUUAAUUACAAGUAGUCGUAAAAUCGUAUUUAAAAUUUAAGUACAUACAUAUAUGUUUAGUUAUAAGCGCCCGCACAAACUUUUAACUGUUGAAGGAACACUUUAGACACUUCGAGAUUAUACAGAAUUGAAUAUUUCGAAAGGAAAAAUUCUCUGAAAGCUGAAACACUGACGCCACAAGUAACACUUAUUUCUUUAAACUAUUUAAUUUAUUUGACUUAAUAUUUUUGAUAUUUAUUUUAUUUAUGCUUAUUCCUUCUCUUUCAUCCUGCUUACACUUAAAUGACUUAAAACUAUAAUAUGUACAUAUAUAUAAUAUAAACUAUAUUUUCGCUUCUAAAUACAUGUAUGCAAUACGAAUUUGCAUCGGCAGAGGUCUACUUUUCUAGAAUCUAACUUACUUUCUUAGAUUUUUAACUUUGUUUUCAUAACUAUCAUUUGCUCAAACAAAUCUACUGCCGGUCCAGAGUUGAUGUCUCUAAAAUCACAUUUUUCAUGUUGCAAUUGCACCAAGGUGUAAUACCGUAUGCCAGUUUUUUUCUCCAUUUCUCGAAGAAUUUUUGAUGAAGAUCAAAAGAAUAUCGUCAACCUGCCCUUUUGAUUUGUCUAUUGUUUCGGAAUAGCAUUGUUUUAGUCACAUUUUUAGUGUCCCUAUAUCUGAUUUUGUGAUAUGACAAAAAACUUAAAAUCGAAUUGAUCACAUGUCAUGUUCGGUAAAUGGAAAUACGUUUACUAACUCUGUACCUGGCGAAUGAGAUGCAGAUUUUCGACUUUCGGUAUGAUACUUCUAUUCUUUCUUAAUCGACAAGCUUUUUUAUCGUCAUGCCGGAAUGUAGGCAAUACUUUUCUACAGUCAUAGAGAGUUUAUGUAUAUCUUAUACAUCCUAUACUGGAAUUUACAGUGGCUUUACUUAAUUCAAAGUACAUAUAUAAUUUUAGUCUACUAGCAGUCACUUCAACGCAAUUAUAGGCGUUCUGACUGGAGACUGUCUAAAAGUUUUUUGCCAAAUUUGUAUAGAGGAAGGCGAGGUGGACUCACCUUGUCACUUCCUCCUCUACUGCCUGGCUUUUGCCAGACUGAGCUUGAAAUAUCUCGAUAUAGACAUCUUGGGCGAACUUAGCAAUAUGACUGGGAUUGACAUUAGCUGCUGUAUUAAAUUUGUGGUGAGCUUAAAACGCUUCGUCGAUUUAUAACGAUCUGCUGAUCCACUUUUUAUGAGUUUAUGAGUAACACAUAAGACGAAUAUAUGCCCAAGUGAGAUCGAUUGCGGAUAAAAUCUACGACCUAACCUAACCCAUCUUAGCAGUCUUUUCUUUGUAGCUAACCUUCCAUUAAAAUAUGAAUAUGGACAAAAUUUUAUAAAAAUCUAUCAGAUUAACUCUAAAGUAUUGAAACUGUGUCCUUUUUUCCAAUUUUAGUAUUACUACUCUUACAUCUCUCUAAUUAACUACAUUCAUUAAUUUUGUAUAAAAGGUUUACUAUUUUUUGAGAAAUACUUGUUCUAAUAGAAAGCAUCAGAAAACUAUGUUGUGAGAUGUGAAACCUGAUAAUAUCUAUGAGAUAAGAGCGAAAGCGUUUUAUAAAAAAAUGCGAUAGGAGAUAGCAGAUCAAGUCUAUCAUUUUAUCAAAUUUGUAUUUGUAUUUUGACAAAAUAUUUUCAUUUCGAAAUACAAUCCACUCGUAGUCACAUAUAUAAAAUUCGAAAAGAUUUCGAGGAAAGAGCUAAAUAUAAUAAAAAUAUUUGCUUAGUGAUGACAUUGAUAUUUCCAAAAAACAUUUUAGUACAAUAUUUGGUAUGAAUUUUUUAAUGCGAAGUUGGAUAUCAAAAUAUCUACCAGUAUGUUUUUGAGAAACUUUAAUGUUCACUGGACAAUUUUCAUUUAUGAUAUGAUUCCGGUCACUUUUCGAUGGUAGCCUCAUUUAAGGGGUUUCAUGUGUUUCACGGCUUUUAAGAAGGUUGAAAAGCUUCAAUGUUCAGUAGAAAUUUUCGUCUGUGGUAUGAUUUCUAUCUGUUUUCGAUGGCAGCCUCAUUUAAGGGAGUACAUGGGUUUCAUGUUUUCUUUUUAUCUUAUUAAAUUCAAUAACAUCUCGUACAUAUUGUCCGAAAUUCUCAAGUUUUUCAGAGUAAUAGUUUUGGAGAUACAACCUUGAAAAGAGGCGCACUCGCGGUAUGCUACAUAUAUAUUCAAUUAAAACUUUAAAGGCGCUUUUCUUGAAACUGUUUUCACAGAGUUAGGAGGUGAUUUGUAGACAAAUGAUUUUAAGAAAAGCGUUAUUUACUGUUAUGGCAACAUUUCAAAAUUUUCGAUUUUAUUUUUGUUCCACAAAAACCUUUCAAAUUCUUCCAUAACAAAAAGCGUUAGAUAAACAUCUUGCGGUUUGGGGAAACAGCCGUCAAAAACACACCACUUUUUUCAUAAGAGGUUUUAUCAAGCUCCUAAGAAGAUUAUACUGUUAUUGCUUAUAUACGAACAAAACAUCAUACUUUUAAUGAAAUUUGCUUUAAAAAUGUUAUCCUUUUCCCAAAUUUUUUUAUUGUUUUUUAUGAUAAUGUUAUAAAUGCUUGCCCAAGAACCAUUUUCUACAAAUUUCAAUGUGAAACUAGCAAACAAUGCAGCUGCAAUAAGCAUUACAAAUUCAAUAACAUUAUUUUUCUUUAUUUGUUUCAUUUGUUUUGUUUUGUUUUUUGUACGUUAAUUGGAAUUUAUUUUGCCUGUUCAACAAUAGCACACCUCAGCACUAUAAAGAACAAUACUUUUACUUUUAUUAAUUUUGUUUUUGUGUUAACAAGUGGCGUCAAUAGAAAACACAAUAAGAAAACAGUAAUCACUUAGUGGAAAGUAAUCACUUGCUUUAGAAUCAGAACACGAUUCUCACCACACCAACAAUGAGGCGCAUGCAAAUGAGUGACAUUAUUAUUACACAGCAUUGUACUCUGGUAAAGCGAAGAAAAACGAACAAAUAAUUUGGAAAAAAUAUAGAAAAUAAAAAAAAAAAUUAAAAACAAAGAAAAUGUUAGAAUAAACAGUUAGCGUUUAGAAAAAUGCAGCGUUGCACUUACAUAAUUAAAUAUAUUAUAUAAUAAACAAAUAUAUAUACAAUAGUGAGUAAUACAUAAUGCAUAUUAGUAUAUAUAAUAGAAAAAAAAUUCAACAGUUGCAAAUUAAAAUACAUGAAGUUGUAAAAAAAUAUAAUUAUUCAAUGAUUUCCAGGAACAUUAGUGAGUUAGCAUACUAAUUUGCUCACAACAAUAAAAUAUUAGACAAACAAUGAAGAGCGGAGCACCAUAUUAUUAAGUUAUAAUGAACACGGAAUAUUAAUAACCGAAUUAGGCAAUUAAAAUCAAUAUUGCAUAAUAAACAAUAAUAUGAAAAAUAUGAAAAAUUGAAAACUGAACAAAAAAUAAUAAAAGCAAACAAAAAUAAAAUUCGAAGCGUAGUUCAGCCGAGUUCAAGCGCUUAUCAGCGCUUCAAACAACGCGAUAACACUGGAAAAACAAUAACAAACAUAUGUAAAUGAGCAAGCAAACACACAAGUGAAAUACAAUUCUAGUUAUAAAUGAAUAUUUAAGCUUAACAAUAAAGAAAUAAGUGAAUAAAGUUAAUAAAUAUUGAAAGCGUAAGCAAAUAUAGCCUUCGAACUAAAUAUUCACCAGAGCAUAGGCAUACCAUAGACAUACAUAUGUAGUUACAUACAUACUAUAUGUAUUACCGGAUAUAAGGAACACUUAGUACACAAGAAAGCGUCUCAUAUGCAGUUGUGUAUACAAGUGUCAUGCAUAUUAUGUACAUAAGUCCAUAUAUACAUAUAUACUAUUAUUGAAAACGGCAAAAUAAAUUCUAAUGACAAGUUGAAAUAUAGUGAAA